AAUCGAACACUGCCAUCGAGCGCACGCACGGGAACAGUAUAAAUAUGCUUGCAGAAUGCCAGCCAAUGCAACAUUUCCAUUCGAGAGACGCAACAAAAUGCAUUCAGCCACCGUUCUGAGCUUCCUGCUGCUGGGCAUCUUUGUCACGCUGGCCACGGCCUACAACGGCCAAGACAUCUAUGCGGAGCCCAACUGCGACGUCGUUCAGGAUCACUCGCGCAAGUUCCGUGACAUCUCCGAUCCCACGCACUACUGGGUCUGCCCGGAGGGCCAGGAGAAGGCCGACUACAUUCAGUGCCCCGACAACUACGCCUUCAUGGAGCCGGAGCAGGCCUGCGUCGUCUGGGAGGAGUGGAAGUGGAUCGAGCCAUACACCAAAUAAAUGAAAGCAUUUGCGAUCUAACCUUGUCGUAAAUCGAAAAUAGCGCAAAAA